GACAGGAGAGGUGAGUGCAGCAGGGGAGACAGAACAGUUGAGUGUGAGUGCAGCCAGAGAAACUACGGACAGGAAAGGUGAGUGUAGGUGCAGCAGAUGAGUACUGAGUGAGUGACUACUAAGCUCUAGUGAGUGGGCACAUGCUUGGUAUUUGGAUAUGGAGAAGCAAUGCCUGGUAGGGCGCAUAGACUUGGGCACGGGGUUCUUGUAUGUGAUAAAUGGGUGGAUGCUGCAGAGCUGUGCGCCCAAUAUGUGGCAAAGUGAUUUAUUGGUGUUUUGUAUGAGGGUGUCCCUGAGGAAUGAUGGGAGUAAAGGGGUGCACAAAUGAAGGAGGUCACCCUACUAAAUGGGCCCUAACUCUAUUAUUAUAAAGAAUGACAUAAUAUCACGACAUCAUCCUAUGACACUUGGUGUUUCCAGCUGAUGCUGAGUUGGUGCCAUCUUCACCAUUUUCUUAUAAAAACCUCACUCACUGCACGUUUCUCUGGUUGUCUUAUUGGGUCGUUUUCCAUCAGAGACCAGUGAGUUCUUCUAAACCAGUGUUUUCCAGAGUUUGUCUCCAGCUAUUGCAAACUACAACUCCGAGCAUGCUGAGAGUAGUUUUACAACAGCUGGAGACAUAUUGUUUGGAAAACACUGAUCUAAACAACAUGAUUUAAGAGGUCUGAUGACAAUAGGGAUCUGCCCUCCUCCACAGAUCAGCAACACCCAGGACUUUGGGCUUGGAGAGGGAGAUCGUCACUAUUGGGUUAUAUUCACUAACACAGGGGCUUAGCUGAUGUACACCAUGUUAGGAAUAUAUCUAGGGCUGCAACUAAUGAUUAAUUCUAAAAGAGAUUAGUUAGCUGAUUAUUCGGAUAAAAAAACUAAAACAGGAUUAGGGGACCAGGGAAGGGUUAAGGGAAGGAAGUGGGGACCACAUUGUGAAGAGUUAACAGGGAAAAUAGAGAUGACAGCACGUGAAGGGUUAACCUAUGAGCCUUGCUGCACAGGAGAAGCUGCAGUUCACAGACCUCAGUAAUGGCCAUUCUCCCUGCACCAGAAAGAUCAGUCACUGCAUGGAGGAUGGAGAACGAGCUUCUGGCCGCACUGGAGGGCUCCCACGAUGUCGGGACCAGAGGCUUCUUGUCACCAGGGGCGCCGAGGACAAGAAGAUGGUGCCUGCUUUUGGGCUGCACUCCAAGCCACAUUCUCAGUGCUGGAGAUAGGGCUCAGAUGGUGCAGGUUGGAAGCAGCUUCAAAAAGGCACCGAGGGUAUACUGUUCUAAGAAAUAAAGACAGAUUUAAAUCCUGAGCCAGAUGUGAAUGAUUUAGCGAACAGCGCUGUAGGCCGGGACGGAAAUUUACUCUUCAGUAACUGCAGGACCAUGGCUUGUGGGUCAAGUUUGGAUGAGGUUGCCAUGUCCUCAAUUCCCCUGGUAGCAUUAAAUUAUAAUACUAGACACCGGCUGUCUCUGUACCUGAACCCAGACACGGUGGUGGCUGCAGGAUGGACUCUUCUGGCAGAGGAAAUGGAUUAUAACUAUUUGGAGAUCAGGAAUUUUCAGAUGCUCCCCAACCCAACUCUUGCUGUUCUGGAAGACUGGGAGAAAAAGUGUUCAAAGGUAUCAGUUGGGCAACUCCUGGAACUACUGAGGAAAAUAGAGAGGCAUGAUAUUCUUACAGACAUUACACCUUUAAUAGAGUCGGACUGUAAGAAAUAUUUAAGGAAAUGGGGGAGUGUGCCACCACCCUUACAAGUUGAUACUGUGGACAGCAGUGGGGGAGUGGAGAGCUCAGGACAAACACCAGAAAAUUUUGAUGCAUUCAUCUGCUACUGUCCCCAGGAUAUAAAGUUUGUGCAGGAGAUGAUCAGCCGAUUGGAGCAGACUGAACAUAAACUAAAGCUGUGUGUGUUUGAUAGGGAUGUUCUCCCGGGAACAUGCCUGUGGUCUAUAACAAGUGAGCUUAUAGAAAAGAGGUGUAGGAAGAUGGUGGUUGUUAUAUCUGAUGAUUACCUGGACAGCACUGAAUGUGAUUUUCAGACCAAAUUUGCUCUCAGCCUUGGGCCAGGUGCCCGUGAGAGAAGGCUGAUCCCAGUUAAAUAUAAACCCAUGAAGAGACCAUUUCCCAGCAUCCUUCGUUUCAUCACUGUGUGUGACUACACAAACCCUCAUAUCCAGGGCUGGUUCUGGGACAGACUUGCCAAGGCACUUACGAAAUAAGUGAAAGCCAAUUUAUUGUCACCCCUACUAAAAUGGUUGUGGUUUUAAAACAGAGGUAUAUCCACCUACAUUAUAUUGGAGCUGACCUUCUAUGCAAAACAUAUGUGCCUUUAAAAAAAAAAAGGAAAGAAAAUACAGAAGAUAUAAAGUUCUAGACCUUCCCUCUGUUUAAAUGAGACCUACAACAGAGUGCAGUUCUGGAUCUCAGAAACUACUAAUAAUCAGAGAACAUAUAUAUACAGAAUAUAUACAUUAUGGCCCAUGCACACUACCGAUAUUCCGCUCUGAAUAAGUUCUUUCUGCUUGCAGCAGAAUCCCGUUGGUCUCAAUGGGAUUCUACUGCUCAAUGCAUACUAUGUAAGUCCCAUUGUGGAUCUGGAUUCUGCCAAAAGAAAGCCCAUGUUCUAUGGUAUUUUCUUUUGUUCGCUUGUUUCCACUUUAAAAUAUGCACAAAAUAAGCACAGAUUUGAGGCGCCACCGAUCUGCUGAUUAAAUUCCUAUUUGAAUUUCUAUAGUGUGCAUGGGCCUCUACUACUACUAUAUUAUAAUGUUUGCUAACUUAGGGUGGUGGAACUUCUGAAUGUAUAUAUUCUAAAGAUCGUCAUCAUUGCUGUUGUAGGGGACUUUGUGAAUUAUAAUAAUGUAGAGAGUAACUCAAAGGCUAUGGACACCUACACAACAUUUUUUUAUUUGUUUCCUUUAUGCACAAUGAAGCAUCUUUCUAAUUAGAUAUUUAGAAACAAAUGUCCUAUUUUAGCUGCUACUUAGGGAAAGAUAAAUCCUUCUGAGAUAACAGCAGGGAAAGGAAAGUAAUCUCUCUGGCUGUAAGACAACUAGCAACAACCCCUUGGUGACAUGUCAAGUACCUGUACAACAUGUGCACACUAAGGCCCCUUUCACACUGCUGAUAUUCCCCGUCAGUAAGGCCAUCAGACUCCCUUUUUUUUUUUUUGUUCCGUUUGACGGCCGUAAUUUUGACUGGUCAUAACGUCCAAUAACUGAUCCCGAUUGACCCCAUUAUAGUCAAUGUGGUUCGUCGGGCACCGCUAAUUUCAGAGAGAAAAGUCAGAGAAAAAGUCGUCAAGCACUAUUUUUUUCCUCUGUCUUUUCUCGAUCCUAAAAUAACGGGCUUCACACUGCCGAAGACAACCGGCUGUAUGAAUGAAGCCUUAGAGCUAUUAGCCUACAGUCAACAUCAAUCACUGACAUCAGCCAUCACGCUAAUGUCAUUAGUUUAACCCCUUAAAUGCUCCUAAAGUGAUCACACGAUUUAGAAGGCUAAGUGACCGGCACCACACUGUACUAGAAAAGCACUGGGAGGACUUAAAGGGGUACUCCACUGGUAACUUAAAAUUUUUAAAUCAACUGGUGCCAGAAAGUUAAACAGAUUUGUAAAUUACUUCUAUUAAUAAAAUCUUAAUCCUUCCAGUAUUUAUCAGCUGCUGUAUAAUAAUCCACAGAAAGUUCUUUUAUUUUUGAAUUUCCUUUCUGUCUGACAAGAAGUGCUCUCUUCUGACUCCUCUGUUCAUUUUAGGAACUGUCCAGAGCAACAGAGGUUUGCUAUGGGGAUUUGUUCCUGCUGUGGACAGUUCCUGACAUGGACAGAGGUGUCAGCAGAGAGCACUGUGGUCAGACAGUAAUUUACAAAUCUGUUCAACUUUCUGGCACCAGUUGAUUUAAAAGAAAAUGUUUUCCAGUAGAGUACCCCUUUAAAAAGUGUGAAAAAAGAACAAUAAAGUAGUCUAAAAAUACAAAUUUCUCCCCUUUUUCCUAUUUUUAAAAUAGAGUAUACAAAAAAUAAAUGUGUUUGGUAUCGCUACAUGCAACAUAAUCCAAACUAUAUAAAAUAUUACAAUAUUAUUCCUGCAUUGUUAACUGUGUAAAUGAAAAGAAAAAAAAAUACCAGAAUUGCUGAUUUUUUUUUCUUCUGUCACCUCAUAUCAGAAAAAAAACAAAAAUAAAUAAAAUGCAAUCAAAAAGGUCCAUCUACCUCAAUAUUGUACUGAUAAAAACUACAGAUAAAUAUGCAAAAAUUAAUCAUACUGUAUUGUAGAUGAAAAUAUAAAAUUUUUAUAGGGCAAUUUUAAGCAUACUUACUAAAGUGUUUUAAAAGUAGUAAAAUAAAUCUAUCGUCUUACUAAAUCACAGAAUAAUAACAUUUCUGUUUUUACUGUAAAGUGCACUGGUUAGAAGGAAACCCCCUAAAAGCUGCACAUUUAAUUUCAGUUUUGUAAAAUAUUUUAUGGCGCAUGAAGGUGUUGUUACAAAGUACAAAUUGUCCCUCAAAAAAAAAAAAACAAGCCUUCAUAGUGCUUUGUAGAUGGAAAAUUAGAUGAGUUAUGGCUCGAAGAAGGCAAAGAGUAAAACAUUCUUAUUGGCCGGGUAAAAUGAUAGCGGUCAGUAGUAAUAAAAAUGUAUAUGUUAUUAGAUAAGUAUUGGAUAGACAACGUCCUUUAGAUGGUGAUAUGAACUGAGUUUAGAUGCAUGGACUUCCAAAGGUCUUACUGUAUGUGCCUCCAUGUGGUAUAACCUGUUCAUCAUAAUCUACCUCCUGUUCUUAGGUUCUAGCUUUACUGCUAUACAGUGAUCCCUCAACUUACAAUGGCCUCAACAUACAAUAGUUACAACAUACAAUGGUCUUUUCUGGACCAUUGUAACUUGGACCCAGACUCAACAUACAAUGUUAUGGACAGUCCAGAUCUGUGAUACCUGUCACAACUGGAGAAACUGACCAAUCAGAAUGGGCAUUUCACUGGUAAAUCGCCUCUAUUACUGAAGUACAUGCACUGACUGGUGUCUGGUAGCGCCCCCUACAGUACAAGGAGGAACUACAAGUUCUGUACUACUCCUGACCUGUGCCAGGGUUAGCUGCUCCUUUGGACACCAAGUAAGGGGGGCUCCAUUUGGGACACUGUGUGUACUGUAUAGGACCCUGAAGCCCCUGUCCUCUACA